AUGGCGUUGAACGGUGCCGGAAGCUCUAUGGCGUUCGCCAUCGCGCCGGCCACUGCCAUCCGCCCGAGCGUUCCUGCGCAGGCGGAGACCAAGACAGCACCGGGCAAGAUCUCGCAAAGCUCCCUUCCUGUUGCUUGCGCUGGCCUCAUGGUCCCCGUGCUGGGCUCUGUUCGAAGGGGAAAGAAGUCCAAGAUGGCCAUGAAGGAUGCGACCUAUGCCUUCCAGAAGGAUGCCUAUGCCGACUUGGAGUUCACCAACGACGUCGGCUACCUACCGGAUGGCACCCCGCUUAACAAAGCGGGCAACGCCCUGAACCACCCGGAGACGAUCGGUGCGGACAAGCACGUUGCUGGAUCCCCGCUUCCCCGUGCCAAGUUCGUGAACUCGGUCGGGUACCUCCCGGAUGGCACUCCUAUGAAUGCAGCUGGCAAUGCUAUCAACCACCCGGAGACGAUGCAGCCGGACGCUCACAUGGCCGGCUCGCCCGUGCCACCUUCAUCGUAUGCUGCGGAUGUGGGCUACUUGGUUGAUGGAACUCCCUUG